GCGCUUAUGGAGAUCAAUCCCGAAACGGCAGAUGUCCUCAGAAUGGUGGCGGUUCCCCAGAGCACCAGCCUCCAAUGCGACCUCGACGAAACCUCUCUCGCGGACAAACUUCGUUCAUUUUACAUGGAGCUCCUCGUGAUGAAGGGCUUCCUCAAUGUAGAGAUCGGGGAGUUCUGUCGCUAUGUAUUAGACAGACUUAGACGAGACUCGGAAGGACGCGGGAACUAUCCUUCUUACUCAGGGAACGAAGUCAUGUUCCUGAAGACUGUUCUCGAAACCUUCGUAGUCGAGACUUGUGAUGGGGUCAGCUAUAUCUCGGUAGCGCCUGCUCACGAAGAAAAUCGUCCCGGAGCUCCCUUCUCCCCAACGAGACCUCAUUCAAUGUUCGGGGACCGCCUUGGAACAGCGUUACGGAGACGAAAGAGGCAGCGUCUACUCGGUGAUACCGAUCUGGAAGUCAGGGUCACAGACAGCUUCUUCGAGGGGAAGUUCAUACGAAUCAAGUUCUUCCCCAAUCAGUCCGUGAUCAAGCUCUGUCGCAUUAAUCGACAAUUGAACUCGGGCGAGCUCGGGGGCUGCGCGCCGAGCAUCCGGGGAUCCAUCUGCGCAGCACCGUACCUCGACACCGGCUUCUAUCUUCGAGUUAUGGUCGAGAAGGUCAUGAAGGAUCAUCGCACGGACGUCAAAGUUCACUAUGUGGAUUUUGGAUACAGGGAGUACGUCGAGAAGUCUUCUCUCCGUAAGAUAGAUCAGCGACUCGCCGUGAUACCCCCAAUAGCUUACAGUGGGGUGGUCGUCAACAGCGCGAUCGAUGUGUCAGGCAGGCAGAGUCAAGCUCUAAUCAUGAGGGAUAGCGAAGUGAGCCGCGUACGAAUUUUAAAAUUCAACCAAGAGAAGAACAUCUACGAGGUCUAUUUACACCCGGCAUGUGUCCGUCCCGGUGGCGAGCACCGUGGUUUCCAAGCGAGGUAA